UUCGGUGCACCUUAUACGUCACGUACGGCCGGAAGCGAGCUCAAAUUUGAACAGCCAUCACAGCGACAAUAAGCGCACUUUCUCUUCACGGUGCAGACCAACAGGAGGAGUCCAAGCUGAAGUCAGCAAUAUGGAAGAGGAGGUUAAAAUGGCUGACACGGAGCAUGGAGAGACUGUGAACAAUGAAGGGGAGACCAGUGCCGAAGUGCCCGACAACAACAACAGUCCGGUUAAACGGGGGAGAGGGAGACCGCAAGGUUCCAAGAAACUCAAGGUUUGUGUUACAGAUGUUAACCUCGCAGACCCAGCUUCGGCUGAUGCCAACGGUGGCUCCGUACCGCCCAAGAGAGGGCGAGGGCGUCCGAGAUCGGUAGGAACCAGCAGCCAUCCCGACAAUUCUGACAAUUCUGUCAAACGUGGCAGGGGACGGCCAAAAGGCUCCAAGAAAGUGGUCAGUAAUGACGGCACUCCUAGGAAAAGAGGCCGGCCGAAACUCAACAAAACAGUUGGGAAGUCUGCUGAAGACUUGCCGAACGGAGUAAAAAGUGGGGAAGAGAACGGAGGGAGUUCUUUACCGCCCAGGAAAAGAGGCCGACCAAAAGGCUCUCCCAAUAAGAAACCCAGGUUGAUGGCGGAGGUGGGCGACGCCGAUGGAGGCGUAAUCUCAGAGAAAAGAGGGAGAGGUCGGCGCAGAAAGGUGGCGGCGAGGGAUGCAUCGAACGGCAUCACAAAGACACCCGGGAAAAGAAAAAGAGGAAGGCCAAGAAAAGAUCAGAUGGCCGCAGAUGGCUCCCAGCCAGUAAAGAGGGGCAGAGGUCGGCCGAAAGGCUCUGGAAAUAAACCCGGUGUGUAUAAGGUGGGCGGUAAAGUGGGCCGGCCUAGGAAGGCACAUGUCCUGCCUGUGAAGGGGAAGAAGCGUGGCCGACCCCGACUACAACCGGCCAAAAGGGGAAGGCCAAGGAAGAACCCUCUGCCGUCGCCGGAGGAGCUGAACAAGCCAAAAGUCUGGAAGCCGCUGGGGAGGCCGAGGAAAUACCCUCGUGUCGAUCCUCCGGAAGGCACCACGCCGACCCCACGCCGGAGCCGCGGCCGACCUCGCAAGUCGGAGUCUAAGAAAGGCGCUCACUUGCGCAAGAGUUUGCCCAACAGCGGAUCGCCGCAGAGCGACGGAUCUCCGAGAAAGAGAGGCCGCCCGCCGAGCAUCGCAAGAAGCGGAGACGACAUCCCGCGUAAAAGGGGCCGCCCCAAGGGUUCGCUCAACAAAAAUAAAGCCACAGGCGAUCCGUCGCUUGACAGCACACUCCCAGAAGCAACGGGCGAGUCGCCGGCGGUCGGAGUGCAAAGCGAAGCGGAGGUGGUAGAACGGGAGGUGGAGCUGAGCACGGAGCAUGCAGUGGAUACAGAAGAAACUCUUAUCGAUCAGGACGUAAGCUUUGAUGUUAGCGACCAGGCUUGAUGAACGAUCCCGGUCUGACCAAAAAAGUUGCUGUAGUAAUUGCUGUUUAAAACAUAGAAAUACAUUCUUGUCAAUGGAAAAAAAAACAUGUUUUUAACAUUUUGUCAGUUGGCUAGUCUAGAUAUUAAGCAGCUCUUCUGUUUUUCCCGACUAACUUCAUCUUGUUUUUACCGUGCUUGAUUUUUUUUUUUUUUUUUUUAAUACUUUUAUUUCUAUCAUCUGAGUUAGCAGAAGUGCUAAUAAUCUUUAACUAGAACUGGCAUGUGGAGGUAAUUAUUCUAGACGGAUCGUUCCAGUUUUCAUUCAGCUUUCAGAUGUAGCGUUUGUCAGUUUAGUUGUGAUAGUAAAAAUUUUGGCUGGGGAUCGACUUGGAGGGGAGAAAAAAGUUUUAAAAAAAUGUUGAAAAAACGAGAAAAAAAACUAUAAAAAGCUUCAGUUUGUCAAUGCAGUCUCUCGUUAAUUGUUUUGUUGGUUUUUUUCAUCUGUCUUAUCUGUUCUCAUCUGAAAAAUGAAAUGUAUUCCCAGGGUUUAGAGUGAUGUGGGGCUAAAUCCCACCUCCUACACUAAUACUGAUCUGCUAUUCAACAAGUCAACGACUCAUUUUAUUUACUGAGUUUCCCCUAUUCUCAUAUGACUGGAUCCAUUUCUGUGUUUGCCCUGAAGUCAUCAAAAGUAUUGUAAUGUUGUACAGGAAGACAGGCAAGAGAGUUUGAUAUUACGAUGCUAAAAAUUAUUUUUUGUAACCUAUAUUUGGCAUAUAACAAGAGCUAUAUGCCAAAUAUAGGACACAGGUUUAGAACUAGUGAAAGUUUUUUUUAAUUAUUCUUUCAUUGUGUUUUUAAAGUUGCUGUAAUUGAUAUUUUUAUGAUGAUGUGUGAUGGGAUUGCUUGUAGAAACGUUCCUACAGAGAGUUACCAUCUGAAUCUGCAGCUCUGCUCAACCGUGAGUUUCAGCUCGUUGUGUAGCUGUUUUGGUUCAGUUUCUGCUUUAAAAAAAGGAAAAAAAAUUUUUCAGUGUUACUUGAAAGUUUGACCCUUUAGAAUUUAUCUGAAGUUGACAUAAAAGACCCAAAAACAUAAUUUUUUUGACACAAAAGUAGAUAAAAAAGAACCUAAGUAACAAAGGAGAAAAGAAAUAUAUUUCUAAAGGGUUCACACACUUUCUAGUGGCACUGCAUUUCCUUUAGUAGAGACCUAAAUUGGAGCUAAGAGUCACUAUUGGAUUUAAAAUAUGUAGAUUGCCACAAACACAACUUGAAUGAGUAAACAUGCAUGGUUUGCUAAUGAGUUCACCUUAUCGAUUUUAAAAUGUGAUAAUAAUUCAGUGUUUUGACCUAAAGCAUCUUUUAUAGCAAAUUUAAGCCACAGUAGUCUGUGAACGAAACAACAAAAUAGUUUGAUAAACUCAGUUUUUAACCAUUUGUGUCAUUCCUAAUGUUAAUGGGAUUUUGAUAACGGUUGUAUUUUUUUUUUCCUAUUUCCUUAACGUUUAUUUAACCAGGAAAACCUUUGAGAUUAAAAAUCUCUUUCCUGAGAGUGUCUUUGGCAGGAAAGAACCAGGAAGUUGAUGUUUCGACUCUAUUGAGAAUCUGAGGAGAGUUUUAGGGGCUUUGGAGAUAAAUACUGUCUAAAUUACGCUGUGAUUCCCUCUAUUGCCAUUUCACGGUUUAUCAUGGCUCCAUAUUUGUUUUUUUUUGCCUUAAUUGCCAAAGCUUUGAAUGUACCAUCCAUUAAUGAGACCGACGAGUUGUUGGUUGGUUAAAUGCAUUCCUCAAGAGGAUGAAAAGCUCCGUAUCAAACAGAUUUCCUCCUUUUUGAGUUUUCGACGUUAACGAGUUGCAGUCAUUAUUCAUUUAUUUUCUCUAGAUGUAAGUGUGUAGCUGUGAAGCCUUUUUUUUAUGUUUUGGGACUGUAAUGAGAUCAAAAUCUAACAAUUAGAUUGAUUUCAGGAAUGUUAAUUUCCUUGUUUUGAAUACCUUGUAUAAAGCGACGUGACUUGUACACCGUCACACCUGAUGUUAAACAGCUUUCUGGUCGGGUCAAACGAUUGAAGUUUCUAAAUGCCAAGUUGUGCUUCUGUGAGUCACAAAGAAGGAGGCUUAAAGUUUUAAAAAAUCAGUGAAAAUUGACCUGGCUUUGUGAAGUCGAAUCAUUUUAAAUGGACAUUUUUGCUUUUUGUGUGUUUUGAACAACAAGCCAAUAAUUUGUGAGAUUUUGGUCGAAUUGAAAUAAAAUGUUAAUCUUGCCGUUUUA